CUCUCUGUCUCACAAACGCACACACAUGCACGCACACAUGCACACACACACACACGUGGUGUGGUUUUUGUUCUCUGCUUCUUCACAUUCUUGUGGCUGUUUGAAGAACAGCUCUUGGUUUCACAAAAGUCUCCUCAGAGUUUUUUGUCGUCUCCUGAAGCUGCUGGAGUUGGAGCAUCUUUAUGACUCAGGAAGUCUUUCUGCUGAUGCAGCCGCUCGCCCUUCAGCAGAUUAACAGUUAACCUGGAGCUUUAUGCGCGGACAAAGUGCAGAACUCCACCAGCUGGACGGACGGCGGCGGAUCCCGGCAGGUUCUCUCUCAGCAGCAUCAGUCUCUGCAGUAACCUCAAAGCAGGUCUUCUGCUGUGACGGAAACAUGGCGUCUCUGGAGUUCUACUCGAAGGGUGAGCGGGUGUGGGUUCCUGACCCGGAGGCAGUCUGGGUUCCAGCAGAACUCCUCCAGGACUACAGACCUGGAGAGAAACAGCUGAUGCUCCGCCUCAUGAACGGCCACGAGGUCCAGUAUGCACUGCGCUCCCCGUCUGACCUCCCUCCUCUGAGGAACCCCGACAUUUUAGAGGCCGAGAACGACCUGACCGCCCUGAGCUUUCUACACGAGCCCGCUGUGCUGCACAACCUCCGGGUUCGCUUUCUGGACUACAGCAGCAUCUACACCUACUGCGGUAUUGUGUUAGUGGCCAUCAACCCCUAUGAGAGCCUCCCCAUAUACGGCGAGGAGGUGAUGGACGCGUACAGUGGUCAGGACAUGACGGACAUGGAGCCGCACAUCUUCUCCGUGGCAGAGGAGGCGUACCGCACCAUGACCAGGGAGGAGAGGAACCAGUCCGUCAUCAUCAGUGGGGAGUCCGGCUCUGGAAAAACCGUCUCAGCCAAAUUCACCAUGAGAUACUUUGCCGUGGUAGGAGGAGCAUCGCAGCAGACCAGCGUGGAGGAGCGGGUCCUGAGCUCCAACCCCAUCAUGGAGUCCAUAGGCAACGCUAAAACCACUCGGAACGACAACAGCAGCCGUUUUGGGAAGUACAUCGAGAUCGGCUUCGGGAAGAACGGAGACAUCAUCGGAGCAAACAUGAGGACAUACCUGCUGGAGAAGUCCAGGGUCGUCUUCCAGGCCUCAGCAGAGAGGAACUACCACAUCUUCUACCAGCUCUGCGCCUCCAGAGACCUGCCCGAGAUGAGAGCUCUCCAGCUGGACGCAGCUGAGCGCUUCUUCUACACCAACCAGGGUGGGGACACCCGGGUUUGCGGCGCUGACGAUCGGUCGGAUCUGGAGCGCACUCGUAACGCUUUCACAGUUCUGGGUGUGCAGCCUGAGCAGCAGAUGGAGCUCUUCAGGAUCCUCUCAGGUGUUCUACACCUGGGGAAUGUCAGAGUUCAGUCCAGUGGGAGAAGUUCAGACCGGAGCUUCAUUGAGGUGGAGGACCGCUCUCUGGCCAUCUUCUCCAAGCUUUUAGGCGUGGAGGGGGCUCAGAUUUCUCACUGGCUAUGCCACCGCAGACUGGCGGUGGGGGGAGAGAUGCUGGUCAAACCCAUGUCCGCUCAGCAGGCUGUGGCAGCCAGAGAUGCUCUGGCUAAACACGUCUACGGUCAGCUGUUCACAUGGACGGUCCACCGGCUCAACGCGGCGCUGCGCAGCCAGAGGGGAAAGGUCAAGUCCUUCAUCGGAGUGUUGGACAUCUAUGGAUUCGAGACGUUUGAAAGGAACAGUUUUGAGCAGUUUUGCAUCAAUUAUGCAAAUGAAAAACUGCAGCAGCAGUUUAACAGGCAUGUCUUCCUCCUGGAACAAGAGGAGUACGUUCGAGAGGAGCUGGCCUGGACGCGCAUCGAGUUCAGCGACAAUCAGCUGUGCAUCAACCUGAUGGAGGGUCAGCUGGGCGUGUUCGACCUGUUGGACGAGGAGUGCAGGAUGCCUAAAGGUUCUGAUGACAGCUGGGUCCAGAAACUGUACGACCAACACCUGAGCAGUAAGCCACACCCCCACUUCAGCAAACCUCGCACCUCCAACAGCGCCUUCGUCAUCCUGCACUUUGCUGACACGGUCCGAUAUGAGGGUCAGGGCUUUUUAGAGAAGAACCGAGACACCGUCUUUGAUGAGCUUAUCAACGUUCUCAAAGCGAGUCAGUCUGAGCUGGUGGCGGAGCUCUUCCAGCUCCAGGAGGUCUCCCCUCUGACCCAAGGUGGUUCCCGCUUGGGGAGGAAAGCCACCAGAGAGCACAAGCUGACUGUGGGCUUCCAGUUCCGUCAGUCCCUGCAGAUGCUCAUGGACACUCUGAACAGCACCACCCCUCACUACGUCCGCUGCAUCAAACCCAAUGACCUGAAGGAGCCGUUCACGUUUGAUCCUAAGAGAACCGUCCAGCAGCUGAGAGCCUGCGGAGUUCUGGAGACCAUCCGGAUCAGCGCACAAGGUUAUCCAUCCAGGUGGACCUAUGAGGAGUUCUUCAGCAGGUACCGCGUUCUCCUCCCUGGGCCUCAGAACCUGCAGCGUGCACAGGCCUCGUGCAGAGAGACUCUCCCGCAGCUCAUCCCGGACCCGGAUCAGUACUGCUUCGGGAAGACCAAAGUUUUCUUCCGGGCCGGUCAGGUGGCUCUUCUGGAGAGGCUGAGGGCCGAGAGGCUGCGAGCAGCGGCGGUGAUCAUCCAGAGCCGAGCCAAAGGCUGGCUGCAGCGGAUCCGGUACACCCGGAUCCUCCGGGCCGCGGCCACCAUCCAGAGAUACUGCAGAGGGUCUCGGGCCAGGAGACACGCCCGCCUCCUGCGCCACGAUAAGGCGGCCUUAGUGUUCCAGAAGAACUACCGCAUGGUGGUGGUCAGGCAGCUGUUCCUGAUGAUCCGGCAGGCCACCGUCACCAUCCAGGCCUUCAGCCGGGGCACGCUGGCGCGCCGCAGACACAGACAAAUGGUGGCUGAGAGGAGAGCCGUGCUGCUCCAGGCCAGGGUGCGCGGAUGGUUGGCGAGGCAGUCUUUUCGGCGUGUGCGUGCGGCUGUGGUCUACAUGCAAUGCUGCGUGCGGCGGCGGGCGGCCAGGAGAGAGCUGCUGAAGCUAAAGAAGGAGGCGCGCUCCGUGGAGAGGUUCCGAGAACUGAACAAAGGGAUGGAGGUCAAAGUGAUGCAGCUGCAGCUGAGGGCGGAUCAGCAGGCGAAGGAGAAUUCGUCUCUCAGGGAGACGCUCGCCGCGUAUCGAGGAGCUGCUGAGGCUGAGCUGCAGGCUCUGAGGGCGACCGUCCAGAAACUGGAGAGUCAGAAGCAGGAGAAGCCUCCUCCACCCAUCAGUGACAAAGAGGUGGAUGACAGAAAGAGAGCUGAAGAGAAAACUGCCCAGGAGAUUCUUUGUCUCAAGCACGAGGUGGAAAUUCUGCAAAGAGAGAAGGAGCAGGUCUCCAUUGAGAAGGAAGAUCUGUCUGCUCGCCUGCUUCAGCUCCAACAAACACAAGCAGGUGGGUCUGAACUUCACAGCCGUGUGGCUCUGUCUGUGUCUCAUCUGUUUCCUGUGUGUGAAGAGUGUGUGCAGCAGGCCGUGAUGAAGGCCAGCGAAGCUCUUCAGGCAGAGCUGGACGAGGAGAAGACGAAGUAUCAGGGCCUCCUGAGGGACUUCACCAGGCUGGAACAGAGAUACGACAACCUGAAGGAGAUGAGUCUGCUCCCCGAGACUCCGAAGGGCCACAGAAGGAGCGACUCCACCCAGAGUCUAAGCCUGGAGCCCCCUUCACCAUCCUCACCUCUGCAGUCACCUUUCCAACCUGCUCCCCCCUCCCCAGAGGAAGCGCGCAGGGUCAGCGUGACGUCUCCUGGUCCAGAGAGGAAGUCUUUGGUGUGGAGCUCUGAAUCUCCAAAGGACCAGCUGAUGGAGAAGAUGGAUGUGGCCAAAGACCAGGUGGUAAAAAUGAGCGUAGAAGACCUGGAGCACGCCUACGACGCUGUCCGAGUGGCCAACAGGUUUCUGGAGCGUCAGCUGCGAAAGCAGCAAAGUCAGCAGGAGGAGGGGCUGGAGGCUGUGCGGCAGCGGCUCCACCAAGCCGUGUCUGGUUCUGCACAGGCAGAGGACCUACAGGACCUGCUGGAGGCCCGGGAGCAGGAGUGUGUGCGUCUGAGGAGGGAGCUGAAGGAGCUGAAGAGCACGGUGUCGCUCAGACGACUCCUGACUGCGAGUGAGCUUCCACCUGUCAGGACGCGACAGUCGCUGUGCUCAGAAAUCCCACGGUGCCCAAAGGCAGCAGCAGUCCCUGGUUUACUGGAAUGCAGGAAACGGGACGAAAACAAACUCAUCAAGAACCUCAUCACAGAUAUCCGUGCUGAGGGCGCCCUCUCCCUGCCUCCUGGCCUUCCCGCCAGCGUGCUCUUUCUGUGCGUGCGUCAGGCCGACUGCAGCGGAGACCCCGUUCGUGCUCGCUCCUUCUGCGGCGCCGCCGUUACCGCCAUGAAGGCCGCGCUGAAGAAACACCAGCAGGAUGUGAAAAUGACGGCGCUGUGGCUGAAAAACGCCUGUUUGCUGCACGACCUCCUGAAGCAGCACUCUCCCAAGCAGAGUUCUGCUUCAGAGAAGGAGCUUCCCCUCUCCGCUGACCUGAGGGACCUGGGCCGCGGGCUGAGUGACCUCUGCAUUCAGGCUUUCCAGCAGCUUCUGUCCAUCACUGAGGCGCGUUUACAAAACAUCAUAGUCCCCGCCUUGCUGGAGAGUGAGACCAUCACGGGUCUGUCUGGCUCAGUGGUGAAGAUGGGCGUGUCCAGGAAGCGAGCAGGUUCUGGCCCCAGGCCCGCAGGCAGCGAGGCCCCCACCAUGGCGUCUGUGCUGCGGGAGCUUGGUGUUCUUCACGCGGCGCUGACCCAGCAGGCUCUGCCUCUGAGUCUGAUGGAGCAAGCCUUCCAGCAGCUGACCUACCUGAUCUGUGCGUCCGCCAUCAACAGCCUGCUGCUGAGGAAGGACAUGUGCUGCUGGAGCCGAGGCAUUCAGAUACGAUACAACGUCAGCCUGCUGGAGGAGUGGCUGCGCAGUAGAGGUGUGAUGGCAGGGGGCGCUGUGGCCACACUAGAGCCUCUCAUCCAGGCUGCGCAGCUGCUGCAGGUGGGGAAGAAGACCCCUGCAGACGCACAGGCCAUAGUUCAGACCUGCAGCGCCCUCUCCAGCCAGCAGAUCGUGAAAAUUCUGAUGCUCUACACCCCCAGCAGCGAUCUGGAUGAGAGGGUGACUCUGAACUUCAUCCGUACGGUGCAGGCGCUGCUGAAAAGCCGCUGCGACCAUCAGCCUCCACAGCUGCUGAUGGAUGUGAGGAAAGUGUUUCCCGUCAGAUUCCCGUACCUGCCUCCACCUGCGCUCCACGCCGAGGAGUUGGUCAUCCCGGACUCCCUGAAGAUCUCGUUUCUGCGCAGAGCCUGAGGAUGUUCCUGCUGGAGGAGGCUGUUGGGACGGUUUCUGCGUGAACCUGACCUUCUGACACACGUGUUCCUCCUGCAUUUGGCGCCACCAGAACCGCUGAACGAGCAGAAAGCUGCACACAAACUCUGGUUGAUGUUUUAUUGGAAGCAGAAACACAGAGAGACUGGAGCCUGACAAACCUCAACCCCAUUCAGACAAGUGGAAUAGGAAAAAGAAUAGAAACGUCCCGUGUAUAAAAACAUGUUCAUGCGCACACCGUGAAGCACUACACGCCAUCAGAAACCCAUAUUUAUAUCUUUACAGACAUUUCAAAAUAGAAAACGAGGAUGAAUAUUAAAAUGAAAAAGAACAACCAUAGGCAGAAACAUGAACUACUGCGUGCUGGAUCCAUGGAGCUUCUUUUUGUUUUGGAUUUCCCAUCAUGCACUAUGUCUGGAAGUUCUUCCCUGUGUGCGUGGUGCUUCCUCCUGCUUCAGGUUUGAGUCCCGCAGGCGUGUUGGCAACCGCUCCCACACGCCAACAGCAAGCCUUCUUCCGACUCUAAUGUCCUUCUCACUGAACGAGCGUGUACAGCGUGCUCACGUUCACGUAGCGUGCACACCGAACCGGGACACUCGGCAUCUCCCAGUCCGGCCCGGUGAUCCAGUUCCCUUCACCUCCAGUUCUCCUGAUUCCCUCAGGAGGUGCUCCGAUUCAGCAGAACCUCACAGCCAGAUAUUUACAACAAUCUUCAGUUCAGCACAGACGGGUUAGCGCAGGUUUGGCCCGGGACAAGUCAAGAGACAGCAUGACGAUAUCAGAGCAGCACUUGUGCUGAGAAGAAUCCACCAUGUAAACAUUUUAGCACUGCUUUAAGACGACCCGUCGACACAAACGUGGAGGUUAGAUGCAUAGAGUUCAGUUCUAUGUCAGUUCUAAAUAAACCACCGACCUGGUUUAUUUAGAGGAGGGGGAGGGGGGGUCCACCCUGUCAUUUCUACAUUUUUUAAGUCUGGAAAAUAACGGGGAAACAUUUGAGUGACAUCCAUAGACAUGUGCCCCCCUCCCCUCAUGUUUUGAACAGACUAAAUGAUCUCCUGUAAAUGUCAGUUUUAGACCUGUGUGUGUGUGUGUAUGUGUAUGUGUGGGGGGGGGUCUGGAUCUGCAGCCAUGUUUUCACCCCCCACAUGUUCCUUCGUUUUUGAAGAAGCAGAGAGGAUCAGUCUGCUUCCCCGCGGCCCCCCAAGAAAGAGCCGCUGAGAAUGUUUACAGAAACAAACAAACAAAAAAAAAGAGUGUAAACUUUGGCCUCAAA